CCUCCACUCAUGAUCACACCAAUACGACCCCAAGCAUGUGGGCGCUCCUCCUUCUGUGUGUCCCGUUAGGGGUGUUGGGGUCAGAGGUCGCCCAGCCCGCGGACGCCCAGCAGCUCCAGACCCUGAACUGCCCGCCCUGCGAGCGGAUCCACUGCUCCUCCAGGCGGGCGCUGAGGCUCCAGUGCAAAGGCGGCGUGACGACGGGCGUCUGCGGCUGCUGCCCCGUGUGCGCCCGGACGGAGGCGGAGAGCUGCGGCGGGAACUGGGACUACCUGGGGAAGUGUGAUGAGGGGCUGGUGUGUGUUUCUCAGGACGCUGCGGCUGAUAAACCAAAUGCAGAAACUAAAGGGGUCUGUAAGGCAGUGAUUGAAACCCUCAACCCAGAAAGCUGCAGCCCAGAUUGCACCAAGGAGUUCUGUCAGGCCAAUCCUUCUGCAAUCUGCUCCGCCAGGUUUGCAUCUCUGGAGAAGAAGGAAUGCCAGGGCUCCUGCCAGCACACUACCUGCUCAAGCUGCGUUGUGCUGAAGCGUCCGUCGUGCCCCCAAAGCUGCGCCGCGUCCGAUCCCGCCUGCCUGCACCGCUUCGGCAGGUGUGUGCACAAUCACCUGAGAGCUCAUCCCGCCUGCAGCAGUGACGUACAGAACAACACUGAGGGGAAUUUAGUGUGUCUGGUGCCGGACUGUUUACCCCCGAACCCACUUCUGUAAACCCACAAAACACGAGGAUUUGAUGGAAACCACAGGAUUAUUUAGCAAAAUGGGAAAAAAUGGCAGCUAUUUUCCUAAUGUCGGUAGCUUGAAAAUACUUCAUGCGAUCUUAUUGUAUGAUGUAACCUGUAAAUAUGUAAUCUGGCAGUUUGUAAAAUAAACUUUGUGUAAAUUUCUUCUAAUUAAACAUCCAAGAGAUACUGAA